AUGGCUUUCACUGGUUUCGCUGCAACGUUACUACCGAAUGGAAAAACAACACAUAAAACUUUAGAUUUGCCCAUGCCUCUUUUUGCUGACUCAACAUCGAAUAUAAAAAUUCAAUCAAAAGAAGCUGAAUGUUUGAAGAAAACAGAUGUUUUUAUUUGGGAUGAAGCACCAAUGGCACCGCGAUAUGCUCUUGAAGUGAUGGAUCACCUUUUGCAAGAUUUAAUGCAAAAUAAUCUAAAAUUUGGUGAUAAAAUUGUUAUUCUUGGUGGGGAUUUCAGACAAUUAUUGCCAGUACAACAAAACGUUACACGGUCUGAAAUUGUAAAUUUGUCAAUUAAAUUUAGCUCAUUAUGGCAACAUUUCAAAAUCUUUUCAUUAACGGAAAAUAUGCGUAUUUUACGACAUGAACAAGAAUUUGCUAAUUUUUUAUUAGAUUUGGGAAAUGGUACUUUAAAUGAUCAAUUUAAUAAUAUUGAAGUUCUACUGAGAUGUGUAGCAGAUUUGAACGCAAAUAUAGUAAAAGAUACAUACGAAGAAAUAUUUAAACACCAUCAGUAUAGACUUACAGCAAUACGUGCUAUACUUUCUGCACGAAAUGUUGAUGUGGAGGAACUAAACAAACAAGUUGUAAAUUUACUUGACGAAUCAACAGAAAGAGUGUAUACAAAUAUAGACACUACAGAAACUACUAACGAUAUUCAUGAUAUUAAUAAAACUAUUUUAACAGAAUAUUUGAGUACUUUAAAUCCAGCGAUUCUUCCACCUCAUAAACUUCGAUUAAAAAAAUACACGGUUAUCAUGUUGAUUAGAAAUCUAAACAUCAGCGAAGGUUUAUAUAAUGGAACAACAUUGUUAAUUUUAGAGUGA